CAUGAUUGUAGGUGGAUUUUGCUUUGGGUAUCAGCAUCAUCAAUCACACUUGUGUUUGGAGCUCUCUCAACAAUCUGUGAUGUCACAAGAGAAAGGCAACCAAUCAGAUGUCUCCGACCAACCCCUCUGUUCUCAUUGGCUUCAGCCUGGCCCUCAGCUUUGUAUACUCCAGUCAUCUCUGCUAGCAAAACAGACAAUGUGCUGCUGUUACAAGCAGGGCACGCUCACCAAUGUGACGGAGCGAGGAACCCAUCACAGCCCGAGAGAGGAAGGCCAGCAAAAGAAGAAACUGCAACCAAAAGGGCACCAGAAGUUGCCAUCGGAGGACUUUAUCUCCAUCAUCUCGCUCUCCCCUGGCUUGCAGCUCUGAGAUGGGCUGCACUGCCGGCCGCUUGCCCUGCCAGCCUCCGACCUUAGCACAGCUGCCCGUGCUGGACCCCGACAGCAGUCAGCCUCAGGAUGCUUUGGCACCAAUGCCUUUACCCAGAUCUCAUGAAGAUCUCUCCACUCUAGAGCGGCUGUCCCAGGCCACAGGUGGCACUGAGAAAUCAUGGUACCGGUGCGUGUUUCCAUUCGGAGUCAUCUCGCUGGUAAUUGGCAUGGCAGGAACAGGCGUCACCUUUACUUUUAACACGCCGCCCCAAACUAAAGCGGUCUCUCUGGUGCUUCUGGUGCUGGGAUUUGUCAUGCUGUUGAUAGCUGUCGCUUGCUGGAAGGUGCACAGGUCCAGGAGAAGAGAAAAGAAGGAAGGGGGGAUCUUCACUUCAGAGCAGUGCACUUUGUGAAGAGCAUAUCCCAGACAUGUGAAGCACUUAACAAUGAAAGAACGUGUUUAAUGGUGCUUUUGUUUUUAGUAGUUAAAGGGUAAGUGCUGUAACACCAUGUGUACUUUUCACUAGUGGCCUGUGUACUUUGUAGCCUAUGUAAACAGACAAAUGUGUCUGCAUUGCAGUAGCACCGCAAACGGGUUCGAUCCCAGGAAACACUGAUAAGAUGUGUAGCCCGUAAUGCACUGUAAUGAACUUGCUUUGGAUAAAAGUGUCGUAAACUUUUUUUCCCUGCACUUCAUAAAUCUUCAUUAUACUGGCUAAAACAGAAAGAAGUGUGUAACGAGAACUGCAAAGAAA